CAGGUGGAAAAGGUAUUGUGUGGAAAAUCGGGAGGCGCUCAAUAUGGGACACUACACUUAACUGCCCAUCAUCUUAUCUUUCGACCUAGUGAAGAAAAUGCUGAGGAGAUGUGGAUACCUUAUCCACUGAUAUCUCUGGUUUCGCGGAUGCCGUUAACGUUGCAAGGACAAUGCCCACUAACUUUCCACACGCGGACAUUCGAAACAUUUUCGUUGUCAUUCUCUAAAGAAAAUGAAGUAAUCGACGUCUUUGAGAGUGUAAAGGAAUUGACGGUCGCUCCAUCUGUAAAUCACCUAUAUGCUUUCUUCUAUACCCCCAAUCCGCCCUAUCCUACCAAUACCGGAUGGUCUUUGUACUCCCCAAGAGAGGAGUUUGGACGUAUGGGAGUUGGAACCCGAACAAAGGCAUGGCGCUUCACGGACAUCAAUAAAGAUUAUUCCUUUUGUCCUACAUAUCCCUCGCGCUUGAUAGUGCCAACGAAAAUUAGCGAUACCACGCUGCAGUAUGCCUCCAAGUACCGCAGCAAAGGCCGAAUACCUGCUCUUACAUACUUACAUUGGGCAAACUACGGGAGCAUCACACGCUCUAGUCAGCCCAUGGUUGGCAUAACGCAGAAUCGUUCUGUACAGGACGAGAAACUCAUUGAAGCCAUUUUCCAUUCACAUUACUCUCCGGAGUCGCGAUCACCCAGUGCAGCUGUUUAUGGCGCCACGUCUACGAAUCUUAUUAUUGAUGCACGACCUACAACAAAUGCAAUGGCGAACACUGCCAAAGGUGCAGGCACGGAGAACAUGGACCAUUACAAAGAAGGAAAGAAAGCAUAUAUGGGGAUUGAUCACAUUCACGCCAUGCGCGAGUCACUUGCUAAAGUGGUGGAAGCCAUACGAGAAGCAGAUAGCAUCUCUGCCAGUAUCAGCGGAAACCUACCAGGAGAAUCACAAAAUCUUGCUAUUCUCGAUAGGCAGGCGUUGCGACGUUCAGGCUGGCUGCGUCAUAUCUCUGCCAUCCUUGAAGGGACUCUGCUCAUCACUCGCAACGUACAUGUCAACUCUUCCCAUGUUCUUAUCCAUUGCUCUGAUGGUUGGGAUCGGACAUCGCAGCUGUCUGCCCUUGCCCAGUUAUGUCUAGAUCCCUUCUAUCGCACGAUGCGUGGUUUCGAAAUAUUGAUCGAGAAGGAUUGGCUUUCGUUUGGACACAAAUUUAUGGACCGUUGCGGCCAUUUAUCCUCGGAGAAAUUCUUUGUGUCAGUCCAGGAACCAAAUAGUGGCGGCGGCGGCGGCGCAGAUGCAGCUCAGGCAUUCCUAGCCUCUGUCCAAAACCGAUUUGCUUCUCAGAGUCAUAUUAAAGAAACAAGUCCAGUCUUUCACCAAUUUCUAGAGUCCGUGCGGCAAAUACAGCGUCAAUUCCCUGAGCGGUUUGAGUUCAACCAGCGUUUCCUUCAACAACUUUAUUAUCACCUCUACUCGUGUCAGUACGGGACGUUCUUGUUCAACAACGAGCGCGAGCGUCGCAACGGCGAGGGAGGUUUAAUACCACUUGAAAAAACUAUCAGUGUCUGGGAUUAUAUGAAUUCGCCACCCGAGGUCGAGAAAAAUACGAAUCCUUCUUAUGAUUCCUCACUGGAUGAUCCUGCGAGCCGAGAGCCACGUGCUGAUAUGGGUGUCUUAUUCCCCAACCCCAAAAAUGUUCGGUUUUGGCACGAGUUAUAUGGGCGAAAUGAUGAAGAAAUGAACGGAAGAAUUAUCACUUCUCAAGUCAAAGACGGGCCGGAGUUCAUACCUGCUAUAGAAAAUGCAGAUGAUGACCCAGUAACGACGCAGACAGUAUUGGACAUCCCUUUACCUCCUUCUCCUGUCAAUUCACCUCCAGCUACGCUGUCAUCUGGCCGAUCUGCCAAACCUACACUGAGCCCUGGAGGCUUAUCAUCCGGCCUGCGAAGUAUCUGGUCAUCGCUACCAGACGUCUCGCAGAGCAUUAACGAAGAGGAAAACCAGUUAUCUGCCCCUCUAUCGUCCUCUGUAUCGCUACAACCACCUACGCCUACUGCUCGGCCAUCUUCGCCCGGUGCAUAUUUUACACAACAACCGCCCGCCCGCCCCCGUGCAGUAGCAAAGCCUGCGGACUUUUUUGGAAACAGUGGCGUGAGGUCUAUGUGGGGAAAGUUUUCCUCAAAUGCGAGUGCAGCAUUUUCAGUAGUUCAAGAAGCUUAUGAUGGGGUUGCCAAGGAGCUCAAGGUGGGCCCUUUGACUAAUGGCGAUAGUGAGGGAGCAUUGAGUGGUACUCAUGCCGAGCUGCAACAUCGUGAUACGCUUGGGGACUGGGGAGAAGAACCUUCAACUUCGCGUGGAAUCUCUCAUACAUACAGUAUAGGGACGUCAUAUAACCCCUGGGAUAGUGUGAAGCCACAACGAUCGAUAUCAACACUACCGGCAGAUAAUCCAUGGCGCACAACGCCAACAUCUUCAAUGAUACAGGGCUCAUCUCCAUCCAAUUGCUUUGAAUCGAGUCCUCUACCACUAGAUCCCUCACUUGCACUUCCUCCUUCGAGACCAAUGCCAGCACACUUAUCUCCCAAUUACUCUAUUGGGACGAAGGACAGCGUGAGUAAAGAUGAUCUCACACGCUCAUCUGGUGAGAGGCAGGAGUCUGGGACUAUCCAAGAAACGGGUGCUUUGGACAGUAGAUUGGAUCCUCUCGGUGUUGGAUUACUCUGAUUCACGGUUAGUUGGGGUACCUCUGUACGUUUACUAGCAUCGUUUUCACUCUGUUUUUCGGUUCCGUGUUUCCGUGUUCGCUUGCGCAGUAUCGAACGUUGGAAAUAUAAUGAUAAUUUCAACU